AUGAUGAGCCUCACGGGACUCAUGGGGCCUAUUCCGGCUCCUGUUUGGCAAUAUCAGCACAGCAUCGUGUGGGAUGAUGCUUUUGUGGCACCCUUUACAGCCACCUGGUAUGCUUUACAGUUGAGCACAGACCUCUCCUUCGACGCGCACGGCUUCCCUUUUACUCCAGGUUGUGACCACCGGCUGGAUCAUGCUGAGGAAGGCGAGGAGCUUUGGACACCGCCCUCUUCUCAGGACGAGGGGUGGAACACUUCAAGGGGUGAAGUUCGCUUGUGUGAGCCUGCUUACCCUUUGUCCGACUUCGAGCCCUACGCCCUCGAGUACAGGGGCGACGACGGCGACCUGGAGAGUCUGGUCGCUGCUAUUGCAGGUGUCAGUGGGGGGACAUGUGGGCCUAGCUGCCUCCAUGUCAAACACUAUACCAUCAAGCCCAGGAUCAGCGUUGUACGCCGAUGCAGGGACGCCCUCUUCAACGAGGUGGCGAGGCUCUUUCAUCGAGUUCUGAGCCUACGUGAGACUUCGCGUCUGACUUGUAAAGGCAGUCCUGUACAUAGCGUGGGAGCGUGUACAGGUCCUUUUCCAGGCUGGCAGGCAGGCCUUUUGCAGCAGCCCUCUUCUGCUGGGGCAGGAAUGGGGGUACGUCUCGUCCCUUCAGGAAUUCAAGGCCAUGCCGAGCACUCCCGGUCGCUUCAGCAGCAGCCUCUUGUGGCUCGCGCUGACCCGUCCGCCUUGCCUACCUCGCUUCCGUCGUCCUCGCCCUGUGCCGACGGCAUUUGCCGCGCGCAGGCCCCGCCUCUCAACAGCACAGGAGCGUGUACAGACUCUUUUUCAGGCUGGCACGAAGGCUUUUCGCAGCAGCCUUAUCCUGCUGGAGCAGGAAUGGGAGCUCGUCUUGUCCCUUCAGGAGUCCAAGGCCAUGCCGUCCACUCCCGGUCGCUUCAGCAGCAGCCUCUUGUGGCUAGCGCUGACCUGUCCGCACUGCCUACCUCGCUUUCUUCAUCCUCGCCUUGUGUCGGCGGCAUUCACCGCGCACAAGCCCCGCCUCUCAACAGCACGGUUGAGGUGCCCACAGGUCUUCCCCAGCCUGGACGGAGACCAUCCGGAGUACGAGGCAUUAUAGCACAGCGGGUGACGAUCACCCCCUUGUCACUGGACAGGCCAGAACUGCGCCAGGUGCCGCUUACAACCUUUUCCUGGUAUCAGGGCUACAGAGCCACGGGGGCGGUAGUCAGCAGUUCACAGUACGACAGGUAUGCCGUCUUUUCUACUUCGGCACAUGCUGAAACGCGGCGGCUACCAGGGUCCGGCUCGCUGGACGAAAUCAUUGAAGACCUGGUGAGCCUGCACCCGAAUCUCCGCUCAGUACGGGUUUUGCAGCACCGACUCAGCGGCUUCCCCGCCGCCCAAGUUGCUAUUGCCACUAGAGCAGAUCCAGCGGACCACUUGAUCAUCCCGCUGGACCACCGCGCUCUUCAAGGCCGGAUUUGCACGCUCGCCUUCGCGCCAGGGACCCCUGCUGAUGUUGUGAGGCGCGUUUGUGACGAGCAGUGCCCACCAGAGCGUCUGCCGCGCUCCCCAUAUCACCUGCUGGACGACCGAAGCCAACCCUUUGUUACCUUCCCGCUGGCCCGGGCUGCUGGCGAUGUGGUCAUUGACUUCCUGCAAUCGGCCUCUGAGCCAGCUCCGAUGUUGGAACAGGCACCGGACCCGGACCAGGUUGUUUUGCUGCAGCAUUCCUGCCGCAUCUCAGGCGCAACGGUGGCUUUCACGCCCGCACCGCAACUGAAGGGCACUCCUCCUGCUGGGCAUGAUAUCUUUUGUGCUGCAGAGGCCGAUGCUCUUGGGCCUUGGCCCCUCGUUGAGACCCCCGUGGGGCCCUCAGGUAUCUUUGAAGAGGAGGAGCCCCUCUCGCUUCUCUCCACGAAGCACCCCCGGACUGACAAGGCCAAUUCCGAGGCCUGGCCACCACCGCCUGUUUUGUAUGGGGUGGCGCAACGUGCCACUGCUGUGGUUCACCAACUCUCGUGGGGGCAACCGGAUGACGAUACGGCCCACCUCUUUACUGUCUUUGACUGUCAACGGCACCACGUUGUGCUGCGCUCUGAGGGCGCUGUUCAGGUACAGCACUAUGUUCAGCGGGCAGUUGAGUCAGCUCCACAGCCUGUACGAGCUGUCCAGUUCCUUAUGGAGCCCGUGCAAGGCCUGCCUCUGCCGCAGAUCGUCCUGACCCUAGUCACUGACGCAAGGGAUAGGUUGGCGGUGCCGUGGGACGGACGCACAGUUGGGCUUCCCCUGCGGACGGUCGCGCACUUUUCAGGCGAGCCUCUGGCCCAAGCAGCAGCCGAUCUCCAGGCUACGCUUCCGGAAGAGCCUGACGUCGCCCUCCAUAUCCUGACAGGCAGGUUUGUUGUUUUGGAUGUCGCGGGCAUCCUUCAAGGCAACUUCCCGGAUGACCUCACGGAGCUCCAAGUACUUCACCUUGAGGUUUCAGGCUGGAGCGCUUUGCAAUCGGUGGGUGACCCUUUUCGCCUGCCGCCUAGCCUCCGAGGCCCCGCGGGCAUCCUCUCUAUGGGCACUACCAGCACCACUACCGGCAUGAUUGGGCCCCUGCAGCGGGUCUUCAGAAUCCGGAUACUGUCUGUAGGCAAAGAGGUGCACAGGGACCUUCCAAUGCCCUUUGCCCAGCUUGACAACUAUUUGCACUACCUCCUCCUGGAGCUGCAGAGGCUUGAGCCCAACACUGAAGGCGAAACCAUGAUCGCCCUCGCAAAGGCCCAGCCUCCACCCGAAGGCCAUAUCCAAGAGAUACUCUUCGUUGCGUGGUCACCCGCGGACCCCAAUCAGGCCUUCGCGAUUUACGAUGCCCGGCCACACCAUGAUGCUGUCACAGUUGAGGCCACCCACCGUAUCCGUACGGUUGAGAGUGUCUUGCCCUCCCAAUGGAGACAACAGCAGGGCCUUUUCACCCUCGUCAAUGGGGCUCCCGACCAUUUGGCCCAAAGACCCAUCCUCAACGCCGACUAUUUGCAGAUUGGCCUGGCUGCUCCCUAUACUCCCCACACUGCCGCUUCUGAGAUUAUGGAUCUUAUCCCUAAUACAGAAGCAUACGGCUGGCCCUUCCUAGCGCGCCGUACAGCUAGCGAUACUUCCUUCGUUGCAAGGGCCCGUGAGCGCCGGCGAGCUGCCAGAGUGUGGCUUGCCCAAGAAGGAACAGCCACCAUCAUAGGCCCGGCCCAUGCGCCCGUGAGGCUGCGAAUCGAUGGCGGCUUGGCGCCGACCGUUGAGGAACUGCGAGAGGCUGUGCAGCGUGUCCCCGAGUUCAACCGCAUGUACCUCCCGAUCGCUUUAACCACGGAUCAACGGCCGGGGCGCUCCAUUUUCACUACGGCGAUGCCCAACAGCGAUUUGCGCACUGUCCUGCUGCCCCUGCCAACAAGUCCGGGCCAUUUCGUUGUGCUGCUGCUUACUUCCCGGGCACAGGAUCUGGGCUACUUGCCACUCGACCCUCAGCAGCGGGUCCUGUGGCCCAGAGGACGUUGGUAUCACGGCCAAAUCAUUGUGACCUACAUCCUUCCUUCGUCGGUUGCGGGGCCUUUGUACCAUCACAUCCGACCACCCCCACCGCCGGAGCGCCAAACACUCAGCCCCUCCGGCAGGGUGGUCCCGCGCAGCGGCACUUCCCUCGCCCAUCUCAGCACUGACGAGGCCAGGCAGGCUAGCAGAUGCAACCGGCUGCGCAUUCUGCACCCUGACUCUGCGCAAUGUCCAUGCGAGGAAGGGACACUCGCAUGCCUUGAGGCCCAUAGCGACGGCUUGCCUGUGGAGGAUGAGCCUGAGGGGGCUCUUAGUCUUUUGCAGCUUUCGACGGAAUGGCCCUCCGCCCGCCACCUUGCGGGGUCAGGUUCCCACGCCAUUUGGCCGCCGCUCCCUGCCCUGUGGCCCGGCCAAGGUACGGGCAAGGACUCCGGCAAGGUUACGCUGGCCCUCGAUAACCUUUUACCUGCGCCGGCCACGGGGCUUGGCUUUGGCCUCUCGCCGGACAUGCUGGAUUUCUUCCUUUCCGAAUUUUGCCCUGCCGAGUUGCCGCAGACCUUGCCCCUGGUGCCUCACCUUCCCACAGAUGCUGCUGCCGGCUGGUCUGCUUUGCCAGCUUGGGAUGGCCAGGAUGCGUUUACCGACGGCUCCUUCUUCCCGGGCUCAACAGUUGCAGGCUGGUCAGUUGUGCUCCUCGGCCUCUGCAGACAACAGCCUGUACGCAUUGGGAUCACCGCUGGCACCUGCGCGGGCGACUCGGCUUAUGUCGGAGAGCUCCAUGCUAUUGUGUAUGCCCGGGCCCUCGCUUUGUCACUCCGGCCCUUGCCUGUUGUUGUUGGCAGUGACUGCACGUCCGCCCUUUCUGUGGCUUUCGGCAUGGCGACCUUUGCGUGCGAUGACCUUGUAGCCCGGGCCGCUGUGGGGCUCGCUUUGAUUUCGACGGCCUUUCAACAGCCAGUGGCGCCCCUCCAUGUCCGCUCGCAUGUUGGAUGCGCCUUCAAUGAUCUUGCCGACGGUCUUGCUAAGUGUGCCGCCAGGGGGCUUCUUCCCGCCCCGUGGCAGCUCCGACCCGAGGUUUUCUGGCAAGGCGUCAGGGAAGGAACCAUGGAUUGGAUGUGGAUGCUCGCUCCUGGCUACUCUGGUGGCAGCC